CCUCUUGCUGCUCACCAAACUGCUACUCUCUCCUCUCCCACCAUUUCGUCACCCUGCCUCCUCCUGUCUCUGCCUCUGCUCGGCUAGUCUAGUGUACUACUCUAUCUUCUCCUCCUCUCUUUCUCCUACCCAAAUCCAUCCACCCAACAUCUUUUUUCUCAGCCGUCGUCUCAUCUCGCCUUCGUAGCGUUGCGUCGCGCCGCGUCUACCCUUUCCAGGAUGUGGUUUACCUUUUGCUGUUGGUCAAAAGGAACUUGUGCCACCACUUUCUAGUUUGUUUGUUUUGACACUUGGUGCUGGCAAUUCGGUUGCUCACGGGCUGAUCAAUUCCUUUUGCUGAUUUCUUUUUGAGAGAAAUCCCUUUUUCUUUUUCUUUUUUAUAUAUAUGCCUUUUUAUCUUGCAACUCAUUCAUUUCUCAUGUUUCUGAAGGUAACCUGGAUAAGACGGUGGAGGAGCUAUCAAAUGUUUAUAGAGGAGCUCAAGAAACCAAUAGAAAGCUCUAUCAGGAACUGUUCCCAAUUCAGAUUAUGCAAAUGUGUGGAUGGUUACUGAAGGUUGUUCGUUGGGAAAACUUAAAUUGUGUGCACAUGGAAGCUCAUGGCAAUCGUCGCAGCAGUCCAACAUACCUUGUUAUGCUGUGGAUGAUUUCGGUAGCUAGCCUAUUGAUAACAUGUCGUGGCAGUAUCCAGAAGCAAGUUCUCUUUCCAGGGUUCACUGCCGCGCAAAUGGAUUACAUUGAUAACGAUGGGAUAUUUCUGCUUUCUAAUGGCUCUGUCUUUGGCUUUGGUUUUGUCACGAGCAAUGUCUCAGACAACACGUUCUACAUUCUUGCAGUGGUUCACAUGGCCACUACUACCACAGUCUGGUCUGCCAAUCCUAACUCUCCUGUCACCCAUUCAGAUGACUUUUUUUUCGACAAGGAUGGCAAUGCCUUCCUGCAGUCAGGAGGAGGCUCCAAUGUAUGGGCUGCCAAUAUCUCCGGGAAAGGGACUGCCACCUCUAUGCAACUACUGGACUCUGGCAAUCUUGUAGUGCUUGGGAAAGAUGCCUCUUCUCCUCUCUGGCAAAGUUUCAGCCAUCCGACAGACACUCUUCUGUCUGGUCAGAAUUUCAUCGAAGGGAUGACGCUGAUGAGCAAGUCCAACACAGUACAGAACAUGACCUAUACACUUCAGAUCAAAUCUGGGAACAUGAUGUUAUACGCCGGCUUCGAGACACCUCAACCAUACUGGUCUGCACAGCAGGAUAGCAGGAUAAUUGUCAACAAGAACGGUGACAGCAUCUACUCUGCAAACCUCAGUUCAGCUUCUUGGUCCUUCUAUGAUCAAUCAGGGUCCCUUCUAUCACAACUUGUCAUCGCGCAAGAAAAUGCCAAUGCCACAUUGUCUGCUGUCCUUGGUAGUGAUGGAUUGAUAGCUUUCUAUAUGCUGCAGGGUGGAAAUGGCAAGAGUAAAUUCUCGAUCACAGUUCCGGCAGACUCUUGUGACAUGCCAGCCUACUGCAGUCCUUACACCAUUUGCAGUAGUGGGACAGGUUGCCAAUGCCCUUUGGCCCUCGGCUCGUUUGCAAACUGCAAUCCUGGUGUUACAUCAGCAUGCAAAUCGAACGAGGAGUUUCCGCUGGUUCAACUGGAUAGUGGAGUUGGAUAUGUAGGCACUAACUUCUUCCCUCCUGCGGCUAAGACGAACCUUACGGGUUGUAAGAGUGCCUGUACAGGCAACUGCUCUUGUGUUGCUGUGUUCUUUGAUCAAUCUUCAGGCAAUUGUUUCCUUUUCAACCAGAUCGGAAGCUUGCAGCACAAAGGUGGGAAUACAACUCGUUUCGCAUCUUUUAUCAAGGUAUCAAGCAGAGGAAAAGGUGGGAGUGAUAGUGGCAGUGGGAAGCACAAUACCAUUAUUAUUGUCAUUAUGCUCGGAACUUUGGCUAUCAUAGGCGUCCUUAUUUAUAUUGGUUUCUGGAUCUACAAGAGGAAGAGGCAUCCUCCACCAUCACAAGACGACGCUGGUUCAUCGGAAGAUGAUGGAUUUCUGCAAACAAUAUCCGGAGCACCAGUGCGGUUCACUUACAGGGAGCUCCAGGAUGCGACAAGCAACUUCUGUAACAAGCUUGGUCAGGGAGGGUUUGGAUCUGUGUAUCUUGGUACACUCCCAGACGGCAGUCGUAUUGCUGUGAAGAAGCUGGAGGGCAUAGGCCAAGGAAAGAAAGAGUUCCGCUCUGAGGUAACGAUCAUUGGUAGUAUCCACCACAUCCAUCUUGUCAAACUCCGAGGCUUUUGUACUGAGGGACCACACAGGCUUCUUGCCUACGAGUACAUGGCGAAUGGGUCGCUGGAUAAGUGGAUUUUCCAUUCUAAAGAAGAUGAUCACCUGCUCGACUGGGAUACAAGGUUUAACAUUGCGCUUGGAACGGCAAAGGGAUUGGCAUACCUCCAUCAGGACUGCGAUUCGAAGAUUGUACACUGUGACAUUAAGCCUGAGAAUGUUCUACUUGACGACAACUUCAUCGCAAAGGUAUCUGAUUUUGGCCUUGCCAAGUUGAUGACCAGGGAGCAGAGCCAUGUUUUCACUACGCUCAGAGGCACGCGCGGGUACCUUGCACCUGAGUGGCUCACCAACUAUGCCAUCUCAGAGAAGAGUGAUGUGUACAGCUACGGCAUGGUUUUGCUUGAGAUAAUCGGUGGGAGGAAGAGCUACGAUCCCUCGGAGAUCUCCGAGAAGGCUCACUUCCCUUCCUUUGCAUUCAAGAAGCUGGAGGAAGGCGAUCUUCAGGACAUCUUCGACGCCAAGCUGAAGUACAAUGACAAGGAUGGGCGGGUCGAGACCGCGAUCAAGGUCGCGCUCUGGUGCAUCCAGGAUGAUUUCUACCAGAGACCAUCCAUGUCAAAGGUUGUGCAGAUGCUCGAAGGCGUCUGCGAGGUGCUCCAGCCACCGGUGUCGUCGCAGAUCGGGUACAGGCUCUACGCAAACGCCUUCAAAUCGAGCAGCGAGGAGGGGACUUCAUCAGGGAUGUCGGACUACAACAGUGAUGCUCUGCUUUCAGCUGUGAGGCUUUCUGGUCCCAGAUGAUGUGAAGAAUCCCAUGUACAGUGCCUUGUCUAGUUAGGUUGCAAAGUGUGCAAAUUUUGCUGUAGUUUCCAGUGUUUUGGUGAUCAUUUGCUUCACACUAUUGUACAUAUCUUCUUGGUCAUUUCUGGUGGUAGUUUAUACAUAUCUUGCUGAUUAUUUAUGGUGGUAGUUUAUCGGUGCCAUUCUUUUUUUGUUGCCCUUUUGCUUAUACAUAAGGUCUCCAAAACCUUUGACAAUUACCUUUUGUAGUUAUGUCUUGGUAAAAAUAAUAGGAAAUGCAAUGAUACAAAAGCCUUUUUCAUCA